AUGAUAUUCGAUCGACAUCAAUUCACCCAUCGUCUAUUUCAUUCCAUUCUUCACAAUCAUGAUCUCUUCGAUAUCGAAAUUCUUCUUCGCAAAUCUUCGUCUCUUCAUCAUAUUAAUCUCAAUCGUUUGCAAUACAAUGGUCAGUCAUUAGUUCAUCUGUGUUGCUUGUACAAUCGUCUUGAUCUACUGAAACUGUUCGUGGAACAUGGCGAAUGUGAUAUUCUGAAGAUGAACGCUGAUGGUUGGCUGCCGAUUCACAUCGCUGUGCAUCUUGGCCAUAUGAAUAUCGUUUUCUAUUUAUUGAAAUUUAAUUCAUCUCGGUGA